AAGAACUGCUUGUGAGUGAAACUAGAACAAAGUAAUAGUCGGUACAUUUGGACAUAUCUUCACUAGAUUGAACUUUGUAUCUUCGCCAGAUUGAUUUUGAACCAUGUCAAUGCUGAAAUAAAAUGCGUGAAGGCUGUCUGAAAAGCCAUCAGCUGAACUAGCGCUUGGAAUUCAAAGUUGUUAAUAAAAAAAUGCACUGAAGGUAAGUGAUAAGAUGACCCAAAAAAAUUAAAAAAUAAAUAAAUAAAAAAAAUAAUCUAAAGAUGAAAGCAUCGAAAAAAGUGACUAUCCUUACCGGCGAACACCAAGUUGGCGCCACUAGCGAGCAAUCCCAGACGGAGACUCAAAUUUUCUUCACUCCUCUACUACAAGUAACACCCAUUCUACCUGCACUUGCACACCGCCAAUAUAAUCUGAGCCCUCGAUCCGUGUCCCUUUUAAAAUUGGGGUAUAAAUCAAACGGUUAAGACAGGAUGAUACGUACAUGUAGAGUGUUUAGAAUCCUGGUCCCCACAACAUGGAAUCCAGAGCCGAUGGAACUCUGGGAGACAGUCGCUGUCACUUCCCAAAUCUCGAGCUGUCUGCCCGGUCUUUACCAAAUUUUAAUAAUCAAAUUUUAUAUUUUUCUUCUUUUUUGUUUUGUUCCAUUAUAAUAACAGUGAAUUAGUUAACUUUUAUUUAUUUAUUUAUUUUAUUUGUGUGGGGUGGUGGUUUUCGAGGAAAAGUGAGAUUCCAAAAACAGGUUCAAUGAAAGGAAGUAAAAGGAGGAGUUGAAAUUCCACCGAGGAAAAACCCCACUCUGCAAUGGAGGUGAAAAAGGAUCAAAAGAUCCAACUUUUCCAAAAGUUUUCAAGAAAACUUGUCUGAUGCUUGCUUUUCUUCUUCUUCUUCUUUACUACUUUGUUGGUUCAUUUCCAUCUUGAUGAUGGAACGCGUAAAGGUUGCCUUUUGCCUUUUCUUCUUCUUGUUCUUCCACUACUACUCUUACUUCUACUUCAAUGUUGCUUUCGUUGGAGCCUCUGACAGUCAUUUAUCCCCCAAGGGUGUCAACUAUGAAGGUCUACAGCUGCAAAAGCCAUAAACCAUUACUUAGCUUUCUUCCGGGCCUACUAGGAAUAAAGACCCGUUUCUUGUUUUUUUCUUCUUUUUACUUGGCUGCAUUGAUGCCGAUGAAGAGUAAGAUGAAGGAUGAGUUGAGGGUGAUGGAUGGUUGGGAUAUAAAUUCGGUUGAUCCAUGCACUUGGAACAUGGUCGGUUGCUCUUUGGAAGGCUUUGUUAUUUCCCUUGAAAUGACCAGCAUGGGAUUAUCUGGAACUCUUUCUCCGAGUAUUGGGAAUUUGAGUCACCUCCGGACUUUGUUGUUGCAGAAUAAUGACAUAACUGGUACUAUCCCAGCUGAGAUAGGAAAACUUUCAGAGCUUCAUACUCUUGACCUUUCAGGUAACAAUUUUGUCGGAGAAAUUCCAAGCUCGUUGGGGUUUCUGACUCGUCUAAGUUACUUGCGGCUUAGCAGGAAUGAAUUAAGUGGACAAAUUCCUAAGCUUGUUGCAAGUCUCACUACUCUUUCAUUCUUGGAUUUAUCAUUCAAUAAUUUGAGUGGCCCACCUCCAAAAAUACUAGCAAAAGACUACAGUAUAACCGGGAACAACUUUCUCUGGACUACUCCAUCAGCUCAAAUUUCUCCAGCUGUUCCAAAACCAGUAGAUAGUAAUAUAAAUCCAACUUCUCGAAUCCUUUUCUGUUGUUCAAUUCAUCCAAUCUUUUUCUUUUUUCUAGUUAUUAGAUAUGGAUAUGUUGAUAAUGGUUUAUUUGCAGGCACAAAAUCACUGGAGAAAGUCAAUGGUCAUCAUCACCGAUGGGUGCUUUCUGUUUCCAUAGGUAUUAGUUGCACAUUUGUCGUUUCGGUGAUGCUGAUUGUUUGCUGGGUGCAUUGGUACAGAUCUCGUCUACUCUUUACAUCUUAUGUGCAGCAAGAUUAUGAAUUUGAUAUUGGUCAUUUGAAGAGGUUCUCAUUUCGUGAACUGCAAACAGCUACAAGCAAUUUUAAUCCCAAAAACAUCCUAGGGCAAGGUGGAUUUGGAGUUGUUUAUAAAGGAUGUCUUCCGAAUAGGACACUGGUAGCAGUAAAGAGGUUGAAAGAUCCAAAUUACACUGGAGAAGUACAGUUUCAAACAGAAGUUGAAAUGAUUGGCUUGGCUUUGCAUAGAAACCUAUUACGCUUAUAUGGAUUCUGUAUGACUCCCAAUGAGAGAUUGCUGGUUUAUCCUUACAUGCCAAAUGGUAGUGUUGCUGACCGCUUGAGAGAAACAUGUGGGGAAAAGCCAUCAUUAGAUUGGAGCAAGAGACUGUAUAUUGCGCUUGGAACUGCUCGGGGACUUUUAUACUUGCAUGAACAGUGCAAUCCAAAAAUUAUUCAUAGGGAUGUGAAAGCUGCUAAUAUAUUGUUGGAUGAAAGUUUUGAAGCUAUAGUUGGGGAUUUUGGUCUUGCAAAGCUGUUAGAUAGGAGGGAUUCACAUGUUACUACUGCAGUGCGGGGCACUGUAGGACACAUUGCCCCAGAGUAUCUUUCGACGGGACAGUCUUCUGAAAAAACUGAUGUUUUUGGAUUUGGUAUACUACUUUUGGAACUCAUAACUGGACAAAAGGCAUUAAAUGCUGGAAAUGGUCAGGUUCAGAAGGGAAUGAUUCUUGAAUGGGUAAGAACCUUACAUAAUGAGAAACGGCUGGGAGUUUUAGUAGACAGAGAUCUAAAAGGAUGUUUUGAUCCAAUAGAACUGGAAAAAUCGGUGGAGUUGGCUCUGCAAUGUACUCAAUCAAAUCCGUACCUCCGGCCAAAGAUGUCAGAAGUCUUGAAGGUUUUGGAAGGUCUUGUGAGUCAGUCAGGACAUGCCGAGGAAUCACAAGGUGGUACCAACCUUAGUGAGGCAAGGGCUUGUAGUUUCUCCAGGAAUUACAAUGAUGCUCCUGAAGAGUCAUCUUUCAUCAUUGAAGCCAUGGAGCUUUCCGGACCUCGGUAACUAGACUUUCAAAGUUAAAAUGUAAAUGAAUUUUGCAUCUAAUAGUUGGUAUAUAAAGGGUAUUUAUUUUAUUUUA